GAAAUAGUAAACGCUGGCCAUGUUAUGACGUCAUAAAUUGGAUGCGAAGACAAAAUUGACGUGGCAUAACUUGUAAAUUUCUUAUUUUUGGAUUGAAAGUCGAGUUUGUCAACUCAAUUUGUUGACCCAGGGUCGUCGAAACGUAUCACCUUUGCCCUUGUCAAAUUUCCUGAGAUAUUUCAUCAUGGGGUUGACAAUUUCCAAUGUUUUUAACCGACUUUUCGGCAAGAAACAAAUGCGAAUAUUGAUGGUUGGUCUAGAUGCAGCUGGUAAAACAACUAUAUUAUAUAAAUUAAAAUUAGGAGAAAUCGUAACAACUAUUCCUACUAUUGGUUUUAAUGUAGAAACUGUAGAAUAUAAGAAUAUUAGUUUUACUGUAUGGGAUGUGGGAGGACAAGACAAAAUCAGACCAUUAUGGAGACAUUACUUUCAAAAUACACAGGGAUUGAUUUUUGUUGUUGAUAGUAAUGAUAGAGAAAGAGUAGAAGAAGCCAGGGAUGAAUUAACAAAAAUGUUAUCAGAAGAUGAAUUACGAGAGGCUAUACUUAUAGUUUUUGCCAAUAAACAAGAUUUACCGAACGCUAUGCCUCCUUCAGAAAUAACAGAUAAAUUAGGAUUACACAAUCUACGAGAUCGACAGUGGUUUAUACAGAGUGCUUGUGCUACACAGGGUACAGGAUUAUAUGAAGGAUUAGACUGGUUAUCCAAAGCUUUAGAAAAAUGAUCAUGUAAUUCUUAUCUUCAGACUGUGCUGUAUAUAACUACUGUGCGACUUGUGGCUGCUGAUAAUAAGUCUACAAAUAUUCCGGGGGGAAAUGUUUCUCAAUUAUUUUUUGUGUAAAGAAAAUUAUUUAUUUCUAGAAGCUUUUAGUUUUCUGUGAUUUUUUAGUGUGGGUUAAAACUGCAAAAUAGUGACUAAUUGAUAUUAUAUAUAGAAAAAACUCCCCUCAAAUAAUGAACUAUUCUCCAUUGAUUAUAUGUAAAUAAAACAAUAUUGGGUAAGUUCAUUAUUUAAUGAAGGGGUGUUUUAGUAGGUUUAGAGAUAGUCCAUAAUUUUGUUUUAUCUAAGAGAGACUGUAACCUUGGAUACAGCAGCCACAGUUUGCGCGUUAAAAGUGUUACGUAUUAUUGGGAGAAUGAUUUAUUAGCUGGUUUAAAACUAUUUGUCACUGGGGACAAUUUUUUUAUGUUAUUUUCAUUCCUAUAUUAUUAUUGUAUUUAUAUGUCUUGUUAUGGAAUGACUGUUUGACUUAAAACUCAAAAGAUAAAAAUUCAUAUUGUUGAAUAAAAUCACCCUAAUGCUUAUACCAUCUGAUUAAAACACAGAUCCUAUUUCAUUUUUGUUUUUCAAAAUUUCGUUUUACUUGUCUUUACUACUCUAGGAUCUGGAAGAGUUGUUAUAUAAUCUGCGUUCUAGUUGAUGUUAGGGAUUAGCGAACUGUAGGUAAACCACUAGAAACAUCAAUGCAGAUUGGUUAAUCAAAUGCCUGAUGUCAUAGGUCAAAAGCCACUCGUAUGACCCCUGAUGCGACCUUCCACUACAACUGGUUUGAUCUCCAUGUAGUGUAGGCCAUUGAAAGUAUAAAAAAAACAAAACGAAACGAAAUAUAGAUCUGUGUUUUAAUCAGAUUGUUGCUUAUAAAUACAUUUCUCCAGUGUCGAUUUCCUCUCUGCUAGAAUUUUAUAAUCAGGAAUACUGUAAUCAGGGUUCUAUUGGUUUGUUCAGUUUAAUUAGUCCCGCCUUGAUCACUUUCUUGGGGAUUUACAAAGCACUGAUUGGCUAGUUGUUUUAAGGAAUGGAUUGAUUGAUGCUUGGAUAUCAACAUUAGUUAAUGUCUAUUUGUGGUCAAAGCAGUUUUUAUUGAAUACACAUGAUUGAGGCAUGGAUAUCGACUGUGGCCUAUAUACUCACUAUGGAUGCUAUGUAUUUUCAUGUCUGGUUAAUCAAGUUGAGCUCUUUCAUGAUAGACAUUGAUUUCCAGAAUGUGUUUAUUAUGGAAUCCUGCUUUAUUUAUUUGCAUAAAACAAUUUCUCUAAUUUAAGAUAACAUGUGGGAUCAGUGAUAGGUAUUAACCCUUUGGCACUGGGGCUGCUCAACAAUUACUUCCCCCUCCAGCAAUUCCAAUUGCACGAGUCACAUGAAUAACCGCAAGGUGUUUUUAAAGGACAGCAGUUCAAAGUGGUCUAGAGAGCAGUUGUUUUGGCAGUUUCAAAACAUAAUGUGGAUCAUCUUUCUGUAAUUAUUUCAUGGAACUUGGGUACUCGAUAUUAACAUGUACCAGGUAUUAAUGGGUUAAACCUAGAACGAGAUAAUUAUAUUAAACUCUGAAAACUUACACCCAUGUAUUUUCUGUCAUCCUAAAAAAAAAAAAUGGACUUCAGUUCUUGUCAUUUUUAUUCAUAGUAUCCAUCUUUGAAAACAUAAUUAUAAAUAUUCUGCAUAUUGCAGAGGGUUCACUAAUAAAAUAAUUAUUAUACUUACGUGGUUGAUUGGCUACCUUUACCUUGUCAUUGUAUUACAAAUUACAUACAUUAGAAACAGACCUAGAUUAUAGGAUAGACAUGGUCUAUUAAAUUAUAGAAUAGACAUUGACCUAUGAAUUAUUGGAUAGACAUUGAUUUAUGAAUUAUUGGAUAUACAUGGCCUAUGAAUUAUUGGAUAGACAUUGACCUUUUAAAUUAUGGGAUAGAAUGGCUUAGGAAUUAUUGGAUAGUCAUUGACCUUUUAAAUUAUGGGAUAGAAUGGCUUAGGAAUUAUUGGAUAGUCAUUGACCUUUUAAAUUAUGGGAUAGACAUUAUGAAUUAUUGGAUAGACGUUGAAAUUUUGAAUUAUGGGAUAGACAUUGACCUUUUAAUUUAUGGAAUAGACGUUGACCUUUUUAAUUAUCAGGUCUACUCCCAUGGCCAUGGUUUUGCGGUGGAGAAAAGUGGGAAGGCGAAACCUUAUUUCAGUUCAUAUCCCGUGGAUUUUCCAUCUUCAUCAGUCAUGGUUGAUUCAAAAAAAUUGGAUGAUCAACCCCAUUUCAGUUCAUCUAUAUUGGUUUUAACCACUAAUGAAAUACGAAAUGUCACUGCGGAACAAUUUCGUCGGAUUAACAAGGCACAUUUCCGGUAAUAUCAAAACAGGAGAGUCAGCCAAAGAAGUCAAGGUUUCAAAUGUAUGUUGUAAUUUAUUUAAAAUGACAUUGUGAAGAUGAUCAACCUGCACCAGUCAUGUUAUUUUUAAAUGGUUUCACUCAUGUAUUUAUUUGGUUGAUUAUUUUUUUUAUUAAAUCGCUAAUUAUAUUAUAGGAUAUAGUUAGUUGCAUCGAGAGUUUGGACAAGAAUCACUAUGUUUAAAAGUCACCACUGGGAAAUAGAAAUCAGUUAAAGUUAUUUGAAUGAAAUGUUGGCAUGAUGUCACAUCACAGAAUAACCAGGCAUCUCAGAUAUAGUUUCUGUCUGUUUCCAGAUGGAUUGAGGAAUUCUAGGUUCGGGCUAGGGGGUUACCUAUCUGUAACUAAUUCUUGUGAUGUUUGGGUUACCUGCCAGUAACAGUAAUUUCUUGUGAUGUUUGAGGAAUGCAGGGUUUGGGCUAGGGUACCUGCCUGUAACUGUGAUGUUGGAGGAAUUCUGGGUUGGGGCUAGUAUAACCCGUCUGUAACAGUAAUUCAUGUGACCUACCCAACAGGCCUGGAACAAGAUUCUUCCAAGGAACAAUUGAUAUAAUAUGGCGCUACUUCAGACAAUUGAUUUAAGAUUGAGGCUACUACAGGCAAUCAAAAAGAUCUCUGGAUACAAAGUGAAAUGAGGUCAUGACCAUAUUCUCUUAAACUCUUGCUGUACAUAUAGUACCAUAAGUCUUGAUGUACAAGUCUAUUAUUUACUAUCUAUUAACCAGUCAUCACUUUGCUUUAUUUAUUGUCAUGAUAUCAGAAUGAAUUGCUUGUAAAGAAUGUAAGCCACAUUUUGUUACCAAUCUGUAAAAAUAAUAUAUUCAAAUAUCAUCCAAUAAAACACAUAUAUUUA